AUCUGGAAAGACGGGCACUACCAGCACAAGACUAUAGUACAGACAGCAGGAAGGGCGGCGGCAGACAUGGCGCCGGCGGCGGGCCAGGAGAGCAUGAUGACGAGGGAGCAGCUGCUCCACCUCUUCUCCCGCUUCUCCUUCCUCACCUCCCUCCCCGAGGUCAAGCAGCGGAUUGCUGACGCAGUCAGGGACAAGCAGGAGGCUGUUGCCGUGACCACUGAGAUACAAGAAGAGAUCCUUCGCGAGAUGGGUGUAGAUCCAGGUUUUGGUAUUGGGUGCCUAGGAAAGGUCAACCUUGUUUAUGAAAAUGACAAGGAUUUGAUGAUUAAAUUCUAUCAAUUUGUUGCCAAAGAAGAGAUGGCUAUUGAUGAAGCUGAGCUUGAACCUAGAGAAAUGGCUGAAAAACUACAUGCUCAACAAAUACUACAAGAACAGCAACUGAACAUGCUAGUUGAAAUGAGGAAAUGUAGCCCAGAGAGCCAAUCUGUCAUACUUGGGAAUUUGCGGAAACAAUUGGAGGAAGCUAAUUUUGACAUCAACGCAUCGAUCCUGAGUCCAGAGCAAAUUCAAGAGAUCAUUCAGAAGUGAUAAUUUCCCAGCAGAUCAGUAGUACCAGCAUUGUCAUUUGGUGCUUGUGCAUCCCUCUGUAAUCGCUAGAAAGUGGAAAUAGUGACCAGUCUUGUCUAUUUGAUAUCUGGUGAUUGUAAAUUGCAUCUUAAGAGUUGUAACUGUUACAAGUAACCUUGGAAAACAUACUGAUUUUGCAAAGACAGUUCACAGUGAUUUGUAAAACAUCCUGAUUUUGCUAAAAAGAAAAGUUCUUAGG